AGCCGAGUUAGUUGUUUGAUUGAAGCCCUAAAAACUGUAGAAAAUGAAAUUCGUAUCAGCACUUUGCGUAUUCCUCGCUCUAUUUGGCCUAUCGCUCGCUCUGAAGGAUCCCAUUUGCGAACUGCCGCCGGCAACUGACGGCAACGGCCUGAUCAAGUGUGCCGCCUUCAUGCCCAGCUGGAGCUACUACCCCGAGGACAAUGCAUGCAAAAACUUUGUCUAUGGUGGCUGCGGCGGCAAUGCAAAUCGUUUCGGAUCUCAGGAGCUGUGCGAGUCCACGUGCAAGGAAUAGAAUUACGUAAUGUUGAUACACUGAAUAAACGAUUUGCUGUGUGAAAUCAUUGUA